AUGCGUCCUCAAAGGGCAAGAUCAGCUGGACGUUUGACGAAGGAUGAAACUGCACAGCCAGGUGUUAAGGCUCUUUCGGAGUUCAGCAUGGAGUCGUGCCUGGCACAGUUUUUUAGCCUUUUUGUUCGAAUCCUGCUCUUCCUCAUUAUCACCCUUGUGGUUCAAGGCCCGUUGAACAACACUCUGGAGAACUUUGACCGAGCAGCAGCCAGCAUAUUGUGCAGAUCUGAGUUAGCUAUGAACCAAACCCAGCAACUCCUGCAGAGAGCUGCCACACCUCUGCUCCCUGUGCUGGAGAAGGUAAGGGAGGUCAGCAGGAACGCCUACUCACUGGCAGGCAGAGUGCAGAACUUUAUUGGAGCCCUUACAGAGUCUGUACGCCAUGUUUCUCGUUCUCUGAGAAAUGUGCUGCACUUCUUGGCGAGCAUCGGCGACAUCUGUAAUGUGAAGAUGGGAACACCAUACAAAAAAUGUAACUCUGUGUUUGAUGAGGGCCGUGCUGACUGUAUGGAGCUGCUCUCAGUGUUUUCUUUCCUCUGCCACAUCGUGGAUGGUUUCAGGCCUCUCUGUGGCGUCACACGUGUUGGUGAGUUGUUCUGUGUCAUACCCUCAUAUGUUGCCCACCAUCUAAAGACAAAACUUGCUUUCCCUAUUAUUGCAGCAUUUAAUCAAAUGAAGAGAGAGUUUGAGUUCAACAUGUCAGCCUCUCUGCACUUUGACAUGAAUGUGAACAGCAGUCAGUCUGUGCAUCAUAUGGUUCAGAAAAUCAUGGAGGAGGUGUCACAGGACCAAGAACGUAUCCUGGACCUCAUGGCUCCACUGACCUAUGUGGGCCUGGUUCUGCUGAUGUUCAUGUACCUACAGGCAGUUCUGUACAAAAGACAUUACCUUCAUGUGGACGAUUUUGACAACUUCUACAUAACAGAUAAAUUUGUCAAGAUGGAUUGCAAGUUUUCUAGACAAGGAAAACCAGCAGUCCUGCCCCUCACUGAGAAAGAGGCUCUGACCUACAUCACACCCUACUGCUUGCGGUUGACAGCUCGAGAGAAGCGGGGAAUCAUGACCGGCAUGCUGUCUACGCUUAAGCACCUGAUAAUGGGCUGUGUUAUGAUUGUCGUAGACCUCAUUGUGUACUGGGGGUUUGACAUUCUGCAUUAUUAUGCUAAAGAAGAGAUAGUGGCUAAAGCUCCCGUGGUUGUGGACAUACAAGUGAAUGGCUCAGGCUAUGCCGCGGACAUCUUUAAGGACAUUCUGGCCUCCUUUGACAUGCUGCAGAAAGAAAACAUUACAAUUCUGAGCAAAAAGUGUCUGAUGGAACCCCUGGAGCCAGAUUACUCGAUCUACCUAUUCAUAGGCUUUCUUUAUGGUUUUGCCUUUUUCCUGGUGGUUGCAGGAAGUUAUGCAAAACGACUGCAGAGGUUUGUGUGCGCACAUUACCAUCCCCGACGGGAAAAAGUGAGGAUUCUGCGACUCCACAGUCGUAUCCUCUCUCAGCGUGGCUCACUGCGGAAAGCUUUGCUACAGGUGGUGGCCAGGGAAAAGGAGAACCGGGGAAAUGGGGAAAGUCUACUGCGAACUUUGGUACUACGUCUUCCAGGUGGAGUCACCAUAGCCAGAUUCCUGGGAUUGUAUAACAAGUCAUGCCUAAUCUGUGGGAAAGUUGUGAAGGUCAAAAACAGCUCUAAUAUGUACACCUGUUCUGCUCAGAACUGCACAGGGUCUUUCUGCAUGCAGUGCUUCAGGGUAAUGGGGAACAUCUGUGCUGUCUGUACAGGGCCCCAGACAUUCCAGGAAGACUUUGAGUAUGAGCUAGACUCCAGUGAUGAGGAGCGUGUGGGGCAGCUGAGACAUCAACACGCAUCGAUCAGAACCCUGAUAGUAUGAGUCUGAUGAGAAGGCACGUGUCCGUGGAAAUGGAACCCUGAGUGAUUCAGACACCUGCACUUUUAAACCCAGAGACAGUGAAGACCAGUGCCAUGGCUUACACAUAGCAAAGUUUGAAAAGAUAGUUUGAGACUUGUGCAAGACAGAGGCUACCCUACAAGACCAGAUUUGUCAACAGCAUUAACCCAAUAAUUGUAUAAAACUUCUCAGUCUAGUGUUAGUGUUUUUCAUUGCAAAACUUUAGAAAAGCUUUUGUUUUUCAGAUGUCCUAUGAUAAUGUGGUCUGGCUGGUUGGAUGUUGAGUUAUUGCUUGAGUUUUUCAUGGCCUUUGGCUUUUAGGAAUUCCCGGUAUGGGCGCUUUAACACUAAAACAAAUAUUUCAGGAUUUCCAAAUCUAUCUUAGGAUCUUUGACUUGUUCUAUGACAUGACAAAAAUACUAAGCAAACAAUUCCUGCUGGCAUACAAAUCUUCUUAUUUCCUAUUUUACACCGAUGUACUCUCUCUUUUAUUUGAACCCACUGCACCUUGUUGAUGGUGAUGUUUUCUCCAAGAUUGUUGUAAAGCAGAAAUCAAAUAAAAUCUGUAUUUCAAGUUA